AUGGAGAGUGGGAGCUGGAGAGACUCGUACAGGGGGAUGUCCUCUGAUAAUAUUAAGGGAUUAGUAUUGGCACUGUCUUCCAGCGUCUUUAUUGGUGCUAGUUUCAUUGUCAAGAAGAAGGGCUUGAAAAAAGCUGGUGCCUCCGGUAUCAGGGCAGGAAGUGGAGGUUAUUCUUACUUAUAUGAACCGCUCUGGUGGGUGGGCAUGAUAACAAUGAUUGUCGGGGAAAUUGCUAAUUUUGCAGCUUAUGCAUUUGCACCAGCUAUACUGGUCACUCCUCUUGGUGCUCUCAGCAUUAUUAUCAGUGCUGUUCUUGCACAUAUCAUUUUACGGGAGAGAUUGCAUAUUUUUGGAAUUCUUGGUUGUGUUCUCUGUGUUGUGGGUUCAACAACAAUUGUGCUGCAUGCUCCUCAAGAACGUGAGAUUGAAUCUGUAAAAGAAGUUUGGGAUCUCGCUACAGAGCCUGCUUUUCUGUUCUAUGCCGCUUUGGUCAUUACAGCUGUAUUCAUUCUCGUAUUCCACUUUAUCCCUGACUACGGCCAGACGCAUAUAAUGGUUUACAUUGGUGUUUGUUCUCUCGUGGGCUCUCUGUCGGUCAUGAGUGUUAAAGCACUUGGAAUUGCGUUGAAGUUGACACUGUCAGGAAUGAAUCAGCUAACAUAUCCACAAACAUGGGUCUUUGCUAUUGUUGUAAUCACUUGUGUGCUUACCCAAAUGAAUUAUUUGAACAAGGCACUCGACACUUUCAACACUGCUGUUGUUUCUCCUAUAUACUAUGUUAUGUUUACAUCACUGACAAUUUUGGCAAGUGUAAUCAUGUUCAAGGAUUGGGAUAGGCAGAGUCCAACUCAAAUAGUCACUGAAAUGUGUGGGUUCGUGACCAUCCUUUCAGGAACAUUUCUUCUUCACAAGACGAAGGAUAUGGCUGACGGAUCUCCAUCUCUGCCUGUGCGUCUCUCUAAGCACGCAGAGGAGGAUGGCUUUGGUUCUGAGGGCAUUCCUCUUAGGCGGCAGGAUUCAUUGAGAUCACCAUAA